CAAGGCAGCAUACUUCUACCGAUAGAACAGGGCUUUGUAACUAACGUACAGAAUUGAGGGGAGACUGUGCCCUAUGAUUUUACACAUUAAAUAACAUUAGAGAAACUGGACUCAGGUCAUCAAAAUGAAAGCCCUCAUCUUUACAGUUGCUGGACUACUGCUUCUGUCACCCACUUUCUGUGGAAGUGGCAAGGAAAAUGUUGCAGACAAUUUGGUAAAACCAACCCUAACUAUUAAGACCUUUCAUGGAUUUCCCUCGAAUUCGUUUGAAGAUUUCCCUCUUUCUGCUAUAGAAGGCUGGACAGGAGAUACCACAACUGUAAAAAUGAAGUGCCCUGAUGAAACGGCUUCAACUCUCCAUGUGAAUAAUGCUACCAUGGGGUACCUCCAAAGCUCCUUAAUUACCAAGCUGAUACCUGCCAUCUACAUCCUGGUGUUUGUGAUUGGUGUGCCAGCCAAUGCUGUGACCCUGUGGAAAAUCUUUGGGACCAAAUCCACUGGUUUGACUAUCUUCCACACAAACUUGGCCAUUGCAGAUCUUCUUUUUUUGAUGACACUGCCAUUUAAGACAGCUUACCAUCUCAAUGGGAACAACUGGGUAUUUGGAGAAGUCAUGUGCCGGGUCAUCACAGUCAUCUUCUAUGGCAACAUAUACUGCUCCAUUCUGCUUCUUGCCUGCAUGAGCAUUAACCGCUACCUGGCCAUUGUCUAUCCUUUCACAUUCCGAAGACUGCCCAAGCGCACCUAUUGUUUGCUAGCAUGUGGACUGGUGUGGACAGUGGUUUACUUAUAUAUGCUGCCAUUUUUCAUCCUGAAGCAGAAGUAUUAUCUUCCCCAGUUGAAUAUCACCACCUGCCAUGAUGUCUACAACACAUGUGAGAAGUCUUCACUUUUCUUCCAGUUCUACUACUUCAUCUUCUUGGUUUUUUUUGGAUUCUUAAUUCCAUUUGUGGUAGUAACCUAUUGCUAUACAAACAUCAUCCACAAACUUAGCACAUACGACCACAGAUGGUUGAGUUAUAUCAAGGCAAGUUUCCUUAUCCUUGUGAUUUUUACCAUUUGCUUUGCUCCAAGCAAUAUCAUACUCAUUGUUCACCAUGCUAACUACUACUACAACAACACUGAUGGCUUGUAUGUUGCCUAUCUCAUAGCUCUGUGUCUGGGUAGCCUAAAUAGUUGUAUAGAUCCAUUCCUUUAUUUUCUCAUGUCGAAAAUUGUAGAUUCCUGCACUUCUUAGAGUUGUGAGAUUAUUUUAAGACCAUGAAAAGCUAUCUAUGAAAACAUACAUGGUUGGGACAAUAUAUGCAAAGUGCAAGGUGCUCUAUUCUUUAGCUUUAUUUUUUUUUUUACCUCCAAAGAAAUAAUGCUUCAAAUGUCAAAUGUUACAAAAUUACUAAUGAUUGAUUUUUAAAGAGACUUCAUAUUUAGUAUUUUAAGACUGUUAAUGAGGAGAAAAAUUGGAAUCUCUAUUCUCUUUAUGGCAAUGGACACAUUUCUAUUUGCCUUACUGAUACUUCAUGCUCUUUAAAUUCUCUUUUCCCUCCUGUACUGCCAUCACUGGAAUUUAACAUCAACUUAAAAAAAUCAUUUCUUCUAAUUUGUUGUAUAUGACAGUAGAAUGCAUGUAUACAUUUUGAUAGAUCAAGUUUGAUUCUUCUGUCUGUUUCUAUGCUCAUGUGGGUGGUGAUCUCAUCAGCUGAUUCUAUUUUUGCAGUGCCUUUCACUAGGAUCCAUUUAAAAAAAAUAUUUGUUUUAGAUGUUGAUAGACCUUUAUUUUAUUCAUUUAUUUUUAUGUGGUGCUGAGGAUUGAACACAGUGCCUCACAUGUGCUAGGCAAGCGCUCUACCACUGAGCUACAGCCCCAGCCCUCCCUAGGUCCUUUAGCCUAAUCCCACCUCUGCUUUCUAACCAUUUUCCUCACCCCUGGCCUACCCUCCAUUAAUCCUUCUCAGACAUCAGUUUCAAUACAUUGCUGAGAAAUCUCCACUGACUUUCCAUUGUUUCUGGAAUAAAUUAUAAAUUGUUACCGUGGCACAUAGGCUAACUUUCUAACCAGAUUUCCUGGAAAGCCCUGCCUGUGGUAUGAGCCCCAGUCAAAACUUUUGCUUUGCUAUGAAGUUAAUUUUUCCUCUUUUUACCCCUGCCUCUGCUGAAAACUAUUUCUAAUAUCUUUUCCCUUAAUUCUAAGUCCUCAAAAGACAGUCCUUGCUGGAUGCUCAAGCUAGAAGUGUCAUUUUCCUCAUCUCAACUGCCAAAGCACUUUCUUAUACUUUAUAUAUAUAGGUAUCAUGUGUAGUUCAAUUUCUAUAUAAAUAUUAGUUCUACAAACAAUUAAGCACUAUGUACAGUUGGCCCUCUGUGUCUGUGGGCUCAACAUCUGCAGAUUCAACCAAUUAUGGAUCAAAAAUACUUUUAAAAAAGACUGCAUCUGAACAUGUAAAGACUUUCCCCUGUCAUUAAUCCCUUAACAAUAUAGGAUAACAACUAUUUACAGAGCAUGUACAUUUUACAUGCUUUGCACAUCAUGUGGCCACAUAAAUGAAAGAAUAAAAUCCCAAAGCAUCUAAAUAGCAUGGAAGACUGUUCAAUUCACAUGGAAGAGGCACAAUAUACUCUGUAUGAGAUAACAUCAUUUCUGGUUGGGUAUGUUAAAAAAAAAAAGGCAAGAGAGUUAAACUGAGAAUAUACUCAUAAGGUCAUUUAGAGGUUUAAAAUAUUGCCUCUAUUUUUCUUCCUUAUAUUUUAAUGGGGAAAUAUUAUUUAAUGAGGAAAUAUUGUGUUAUAAACUCUCAGUAUAUUUCUAUUGGUAAACAACUACAUUUCUCUUGACUUAGGGAUAAAACAAGAGGUGAAAUAUCAGAGCCUAAUGGUGGGAUGGUAUUAGAGAAUACAAAUGGGUUUGAGGAAACUGUUAAUCAUGGAGCAAAGCACUACUGUGCUGAAUUGAUUAAGUCUGCAGCGAUGUGCACUGGCCCAUACACUUCAUAAUGGCCACAAAAACAAUAAAAAAUUUUCAAUGCAUACUUUUGAAUGAAUAGAAUUUCCUAUUUCAUUGGACUUAGGUAAAAAAUCUUGUACAUGAAGAUUCUUUACAGUAUGUGUGUGGUUAUAUAAUGAGUAAAAAUCUGGAAAACAUUAAUGCAAGCAAAGAAAAACAAAUCUAAAAUAAGUUUCAAGAUUACAAAAAAAUGCAGCAACAGUCACUUGUUAAAUGCACACUUAAUUUUUAUAAAGUAAAUAUACAAGGAGUAAAUCAGAACUUUUUGGUGGGGUGUAAUUCACAUGCUGUCAGGCAAAGUCUUCCAUUUCAAAAUUGCUCACAAUUCACUGCCUCCAGUGGAUAGAUAAAGAAAACGUGUUCUACUCUGCUACAAGUAUACCAAUUUUGUCUUCAACAGAAAAAAAAAGAUUGUUUGCCUACACAAAGUUAUAUUGUUAAAAAGGAUCAAGAAUCCUCACCAACUUACAUCACUGACCUCAAUCUUUGAGCUUUCUUCUGUGAAGAUGCUACCCAUUGUGAUCUUUAAUGGCCAUAUAUUUUGUAACAUCUUUAUCUCAUAGUGAUAAUACCAAAAAUAUAAUUUUCUUCUAUUAUUUUACAAGUUCAUACUUUGGGAAAACAAGGCACUUAAUACCACCCUAUAAAGAGACAUUAGAAAUUUCCAGCAAUCAAAGCUUUGUAUUUAAAAAAAAAAAUGAAGACUCAGCCAAACAAACAACAGAAUCAGAUUUUUCCAGGGUAAAGAACAGGCUGAGAAAAGUUUAAAAUGUAAUAGACUUCAGGGUACCAUGGCAGAUGCAUAUAAGCCCAACAAUUUGGGGGCCUGAGGCAGAAGGAUUGCAAAUUUGAGGCCAGCUUCAGCAAUGUAAUGAUGCA